GUCACCUCUCAGUGCAAACUGGCUUGGCAGUAGCUGUAGCAGAUACUCAGUGAACCCUCAAAUGGCCUCUGAAAGCAAAUCCAAGUCCAGCAACAAUACCAAUACCAAUAAGAACACCACAAAGAGGAAGCAAAGAUAUUUCCCUUUCAACACAAGUGUGAAGAAGGGUUCGUACCCAUUACGUCCUGGAGUGCAGGGAUUCUUCAUCACCUGUGAUGGUGGGAGGGAACGCCAAGCCUUUCAUGAAUCCAUUAUUGUUAUCAACUCUAUCGGCUUUUGUGGUAAUGUUUCAUUUUUCUCGAAGCACUGUAUAUUUGCGGCGAAAAAUUUAUGGGUAAAAAUUGAGUUGAGGUAUAAAGACACAAUUUCCCCCUAAAUGUACUUGAUGAUAAUGGGAUAUGAUUUCCCCAAGAUUCAUGAUAAAAUUUUCAUUGGGAGAAAUGAAACUUAAAUAUACCCUUGCAUGUAGUUGGGUGAACCCCCUAUGAAGUUUUCUGUGUAUCAUAUACUCGUGUGUGUCAAAUACUUGUACAAUAUUACUGAUAAGUAUUUCAAUGUAUACUUUUCCAUGAAGCAAGCAGUUUGACUUGGCUAAAAAGAUGCAAUAGGCUCAAGUUUCUAAGAUAUCAAAUGGUGAUCAACAUUAAUUACUAAUAAUAAGAGCCGGAUUCCAUCUAUGUAUCAUAAGUUAAAUGAAUUUCAUUUUUACCGUAACACUUUGUCAGGGACAUUCGUUAUUAUCUUUUACCUCUGACUUGGUGUUAUCUUUACAACGGUGUUCUGCAGUAUGCAUAACUUGAUUUAUAUUGUCCGUAUAGUUGUAUGACUAAUUUUAAUGCUCUGUAUUCAGAAACAUAUAUUGGUUUUUUUUAGGGAGAUUUAAUACCAUAGGUCUCAUAUAUAUACAUAUAUAUAUGUUUUUAAUAUACCAUAGGUCUCAUAUUUAAUACGUGGAAAAUCCUAUAAGGGGGGCACACCAUAUGCAUCCUAUCAUAAAUUGGCGUAAUUUUCUCACAAAAUUUCAUACUAUUAACCACAAAAUGCGUAACCUUCCCUCAAAUUGACUUAACAAAAAAUGUUGGGCGUGUUUGGUUUGUAUUUGAGAAACAUGUUUUGAGAUAAAAAGUACGAAAAUUUGUUUGGUUUGGUUUUUUUUCAAAAGAUGUUUUGAAAAAUUAUUUUGAGAGAGAGUUUUGGAAAAAG